AUGCGCCUUUGGCAGCAAUCACACAAACCACAAUAUGGCAGAGAAAGUUCGUCAGUAGGGAGUGGAGGGGAUGGAAGUUACAAUACACCCUCAACUCCUACAAGUCCUACGCCAGUUCCGGCCUCUGGCCUCAUUAUCAUCCGCGUCGUCGAAGCACGUGGGAUCAGUUUGCCUCCCGGUAUAAGACCGCCUCAGGUUCCUCCACACUUUGUAUCGCCCCCUACUACCACGCGGGGCAAUAGAGAUAGCAUGCAGAGGAAACAAUGUUGGUGGCUGCCCUAUGUAGUUCUGGAAUUUGACAAAAAUGAAGUUUUGAUCGACUCCUUAGGUGGCGAUGUGCAGAACCCGACUUGGCAGUACAAGGCGGCUUUUGACGUUUCACGUGAAUCAGAUGUGUCCAUACAGAUCUAUCUUCGCAGAGCGACACAAACAGGUCAACAUAAUAAUGACAUGGGCAAUGAUGUAUAUCUGGGUGAUGUGAAGAUUACGCCAAAAUUCAAAGAACCAAAUAAAUUGCAUGAAGAAUGGUAUCCGUUAUCAGGAGGUUCGGGUAGUGUGCAUGUUCACCAUUGUUACAAGAAAGAUCAUGCAAAUGUACCCUUGGCGAUUGAUGCAUUCGAUUUACUAAAGGUCAUUGGUAAGGGCAGUUUUGGCAAGGUAUUUGUUAUUUCAGCACAUGAUCUUGACCUGCUCGGAGGAUGGAUUUCUUCCAUUCACCUGGAAAUCCGGAUAGGUCUAAUUAAAAACUCAAUAUUGUUAGGUUAUGCAAAGGUGAAUCACACCCUCGCGGAGCGUACGGUUCUGGCGAAAAUCAACAACCCCUUCAUUGUACCGCUAAAAUUCUCCUUCCAAAGUCCAGAGAAAUUAUAUUUGGUCCUGGCCUUUGUCAAUGGAGGCGAAUUAUUCUAUCAUUUACAGCGUGAAGGAAGAUUCGACGAGCAGAGGUCGAAAUUUUACGCAGCAGAACUGCUUUGUGCAUUAGAAUGCUUACAUGAUUUUAACGUUGUUUAUCGGUUAGUAUUCAACCAGAAUGUUGUUGAAAUGGAACAACGAGUUCCCCACAAUGACUAUUCUGGCCAUAUUGCUUUAUGCGACUUUGGUCUUUGUAAAUUGAAUAUGACUGAAUCUGAAACCACCAACACCUUCUGUGGGACGCCCGAGUAUCUCGCCCCUGAACUGUUGUUGGGUCAAGGCUAUACCAAGACGGUGGAUUGGUGGACCUUGGGUGUCUUGUUAUUUGAGAUGUUAACAGGUCUACCACCAUUCUACGACGACAACACAAAUGAGAUGUACAGAAAAAUUUUGCAAGAUGAGCUGAGGUUUCCAGAAGAAGUUGGGAGCGAAGCCAGAUCUUUAUUAACGGGGUUGUUGACCAGGGAUCCGAAUCAGAGGCUUGGUAACAAUGGAGCCCAAGAGAUUAAAGAGCAUCCAUUCUUCGCUUCUAUUGAUUGGAAGAAGCUGAUCCAAAAGAAGGUUCAACCGCCUUUCAAGCCUAGUGUCAAAUCGGCUAUCGACACUUCGAAUUUUGAUCCAGAAUUCACCUCAGAAACUCCAAGAGAUUCAUAUGUCAAUGAUUCACAGCUUUCGGACACCAUACAGCGACAAUUCUGGGGGUUCACCUUUAAUCAAAAUGAAGGGAUAAUGAGUGAGAGUAUGGCAAAUUCGGUAGAUCUUUAA